CUUACCCUCCGCCUCCCCGACGGGCCGGGCCGGGCGCGGGGCUGCCCCGCGCGCUCCCCCUUCCUUCUCGCCGCCGCCGCUGGAUGCGGGGCGGCGGCAGCAGCAGCGCUGCGCGGAACCGGGGCGUAAAAUGGAGGGCCUGACGCUGAGCGAGGCGGAGCAGCGCUACUACUGCGACCUCUUCUCCUACUGCGACACCGAGAGCACCAAGAAAGUGGCGUCCAACGGGCGCGUCUUGGAGCUGUUCCGCGCCGCGCAGCUGCCCAACGACGUGGUGAUGCAGAUUAUGGAGCUCUGUGGUGCAACAAGACUUGGCUAUUUUGGAAGAAGUCAAUUUUAUAUUGCUUUGAAACUCGUUGCUGUGGCCCAGUCAGGUCUCCCUCUAAGAGUGGAAAGCUUAAAUACAGUGAAGGAUCUCCCUCUUCCCAGAUUUGUUGUGUCAAAAAAUGAACAAGAAUCAAGACACACGGCCUUGUAUUCUUCAGAUGCUGAUAACCCAGCUUCUUAUUCGGGUGUGAUUCCUCCUCCACCUGGCAGGGUACAAGUCAAAAAAGGCUCUGUGAGCCAUGAUGCAGUUCAGCAACGUACAUCAAGUGAUCAACAGGAGUCCACAUCUCCAGUUGUUUCACCACAGCAAUCCCCACCAACCUCUCCACACUCAUGGAGGAAGCACAACCGCCAUCCCAGCGGAGGGAAUAAUGAACGACCUCUUGCUGGACCUGGGCCUUUUUGGGCUCCAUUUAGUGAAGCACAACCAGGCUCAUCUACUUCUAGUGAUCCCAUAUGGUCUGGUCAUUCACCACCACCUCACCAAGAAAAUUGGGUCAGUUUUGCUGAUACCCCACCAACCAGUGCUCUUUUAGCCAUGCAUCCUGCUUCUGUCCAGGACCAGACAACAGUACGAACUGUAGCAUCAGCUACAACAACAAAUGAAAUUCGUAGGCAAUCAAGUAGUUAUGAUGACCCCUGGAAAAUAACUGAUGAACAAAGGCAGUAUUAUGUUAAUCAGUUUAAAACCAUUCAACCUGAUCUAAAUGGAUUUAUACCAGGAUCUGCAGCUAAAGAAUUUUUCACUAAGUCGAAACUACCUAUUCUUGAACUUUCCCACAUUUGGGAACUUUCGGAUUUUGAUAAAGAUGGUGCACUGACGUUGGAUGAGUUCUGUGCUGCCUUUCAUCUGGUAGUUGCUAGGAAGAAUGGAUAUGAUUUGCCAGAAAAGUUACCUGAAAGCUUAAUGCCCAAAUUGAUUGAUUUGGAAGACUCAACAGAAGUUGGGGAACAAACUGGUGAGGUUGGUUACUCUGGCUCUCCAGCAGAAGCACCUCCAAGCAAGUCUCCAUCAAUGCCAUCCCUAAACCAGACCUGGCCAGAAUUGAAUCAGAGCAGUGAGCAGUGGGAGACAUUUAGCGAACGCUCUUCAAGCUCACAAACUCUGACCCAAUUUGAUUCUAACAUUGCACCAGCUGAUCCUGAUACUGCAAUUGUGCACCCAGUUCCUAUAAGGAUGACUCCAAGCAAAAUCCACAUGCAGGAAAUGGAGCUUAAAAGAACUGGAAGUGAUCAUACUAACCCUACUAGCCCAUUACUUGUGAAACCACCUGAUCUCCCAGAAGAAAACAAAAUGAGUUCAUCUGUAAAAUACACAUCUGGAAAUACAGUUACAGAUGGUUACAGCAGUUCAGACUCCUAUACUUCAGAUCCAGAGCAAAUUGGAAGUGCUGUAACGCGGCAACGAUCACAUUCAGGAACAUCUCCAGAUAACACAGCACCACCACCACCCCCGCCAAGACCUCACCCUUCUCACUCUCGGUCGUCAUCUUUAGAUAUGAACAGAUCCUUUUCAGUUACCCCAGGACAGCAACAGGCUGGAGUUGUUGCCUAUCCCCCUGCAGUGCCUCCAAGACCACAGCCUUCACAGGGUGCGGGUCCUCAUGUGCAUCGCCCAGUAGAUGCUGAUGGCCUAAUAUCUCAUACCAGUACCUCACCUCAACAAAUACCAGAACAGCCAAAUUUUGCAGACUUCAGUCAGUUUGAGGCAUUUGCUGCAUCAGGUGUAAACAAGGAGGAAGAUGAUGAAAUUGAAACACACUCAGAAGCCUUGCAGGUUGAAAAGCCCUCUGAUUCUGCAAGUUCUCUUAGAGUUGCCAAAGCAGAUGGAAGAGUUGAAGAGAAAGUACCUGCUAAUGUCCCCACUAGCGCGGGUAAAGGCACUACCCCACUUGCUCCACCACCAAAGCCUAUUCGCAGAAGAUUAAAAUCAGAAGAUGAGUUGAGACCUGAAGCUGAGGAACAUACACAGAAAACAGGUGUCAUAGCUGCUGUUCUUGCUUCACAGCCAUCUAUUCCUAGAUCGAUAGGAAAGGACAAGAAGGCAAUUCAGGCAUCAAUCAGACGCAACAAGGAAACCAACACUGUUUUGGCCAGAUUGAAUAGCGAACUACAGCAGCAACUAAAGGAUGUUCUUGAAGAGAGAAUCUCCCUGGAAGUCCAACUGGAACAACUUCGACCUUUCUCUCACCUCUAAGCCUACUGCCGUUAACUGUGAACUUACUAACUUUGAAAGGGGUAUUGGUUUCAAAGCCUAUUUAAAAAUCCAUGCGUCUAGCUCGGUGCACUCUAUUCUACAUUAAAUGUUGUAGUUCUGUUUUGUCAAUUUGUCCACUUUUGUAUUUAAGUAUUUUAAUUUCAGUACAGGAAAAAAAAAAACCUUUUUCCUUCAAUGUGACACUGCCUCUCGCAUCGUUUUCUGUGGACAUCCGUGACCUUUGUUGGACUUGAGUUUGCAGAGUUUGUCGCCAAAAUUUCCAACUGGAACUUUUUAGUGGUUUCCUUUCUUUCCUGUUGAAACAUCUUGCAGAGGAGGAUUGCUGAUCAGUUGACUUGAAACAACAUGCAAAUUCUUCCUUUGCUGUGGCAUUUAUUUUAGUGUGCCAGAAAAGAGAAAAAAAUCUGUCGUCAGCCAAUAUUACCUCCCAAACUGCCUUCCACAAUUUGAAAGAUGUUCACAAUUCUAGAAAGCCUGCUUCUUUGCAAUAAGCCAGUUUAAACAGGUUGUCAGAGUUCUUGCAGGCUGUUCUCAGUAUCAACUGGAUUUGGUUUCAUAUUUCUGUUGCAUACAUUAUAGAGUACCUAAACACAGUUUGCCAGGUGUUCACAUUUUAUCCGUUCAUGACCCUGAUUCAGCUGCAUGCAUAUGAAGACUUAUGGUACAAUUGGUGGUCCCUCAAACAAACCCUUUUCAGACCUUUUUGUGAAGGAGGUGGGUGUAAAUCCCCGACAUAAUAAUUACACAUUUCCUAAGCACCACCUGUAAUUGCAUGUUUCACACAUUACCUUUUAAUAACAGAUCACAUCCACCAGUCUUCACUAUAACAAAAUGUAUUGUCAAGUAAUGUGUCAAUUCCCAGCAAAAAAAAAAAAAAACAACAACAACUUUUUUAAGAACGGUUUGCUUCUUAGGAAUUCUGGGAUACCGGCCUUAUUUCUCUGGCAUAUAGACAGGCUUCACUAUUAACUGAGUUCUCUGAGUGUAUCCUGCUAUUCAGGUUGAUGUACUGUAUUAGGAUUUGUUGUAUAUUGUAUGAUACACACCUUUUGAUCUCAUAUGUAAAUUUGCAUUAAUUGCUGACUAACAGCAGAUAUUCUAUUUAAUGGCUUCUUCUGGCUGUGGGAUCAUAGAUGUUUAACUGCAUGGAUGUAUCUCUGCAGAAUCAGAACUAGCAAUUGUGUGAUUUUUACACCAAUAAAACAGCACAAUAUUUUAAUUUUGUUGAUUCAUCUUUACAUGGGAAUUGGAACUCGUUCAAAUGGGGUGGGGCUUUGCAGGGAUUUUUUGUAGUUUUGUGGCAUGUACGACAAAAUAGUUGCAUAAUCUUUUGACCAUUUUCUUUCCCUGUGUAUCUCUAGCUGUUGGUCAGAAGCAAUUGACUUCUCUUGGUAAUCUGUGGCUAUAUUCCUUUUGUAUCCUCUCAUAAGCAAAUUAAAUGUAGCUGUAACUUUUAAAAAGUAAAUGCUGGUACUGACUUGGGUCAAAGAAUUGUAUACUUCCCUAGUCUUUAUUUUUCUAGUUUGAUUUCCUUGAGAGUACUUUUGAAAAUUAAAACUGAAUGAAUUACAUGUUAGAAGUCUUUAUCUUCACUGUCUCACUCUUAUGCUUAAAUGAAAUUCUCUAACAUUUGUUUCUGUUGUGAAAGGAUAGCUCAAGUCAGAUUUUUUUUUUUUUUGCUGGAUAUGCAGUUUGUUCCCGUGAAAAUGAGCUAUUUUCCUUUUUUGUUAUCAUCUGCAGACUGAUUAAUUCUUUAUUACUAAAAUUAUUCCAACACUUCAGACAGUGUUACAGGUGGCUUAAUGUCAUCCAAUGUGAGAUUCCCUGGUAUGAAAACCAAGAGUAUCAUAGUUGCAUGUAAAGAAGAUAUUUUCUACUUCUAUGUAAAUGGAUUAAGAAACAGUACCUAAAUGGGUGUGAAGAUUACGUUUUAGCUGCAUCUUGUAAGCUAAUAGAUUAAGUGCAAACCUUUGAUUGCAAGAAAAAGCAACAACAACAAAAAAAAACCCAAACAACAUUAAAAAAAAAAA